CCUCCACCCGCGCAGCGUCUGUCCCCCGCCGCUCCGCGCGGCUGCCCGCCCGCCUCCGCCCCGGGUUCCCGGCCGAUCCCCCCCGACGGAGCGGCCAGGGCACGUCCGGACCGAGGGGGCAGAAGGCUCCGAGGGCCCCAGGCCUCCGGCGGCCCCACUUCUAGGGAAACUGAGGCCCCUGCGCUGAGCGGCGGCGCGUCAGGGUGCAGGGGGCCCGGAUUUGGUGCCCCCAGCCAAGAGCUCCGUCCUGCAAGAGGCAGGGGGGAGGAGUGUGGGGGCAAGGCGCAGGGGUCUCUGAUCCUUCCGCAGUAGGGAGGCUGAAGGAGGUGGGGCUGGCUGGCUUGUGUGACCUAGGCCAAGUCACUCUGCCUGCCUGGGUCUGGGUGUCCUCACUUGGGGGGAUGGCUGUGCCCUCCGUCUCUGGGCCAGGACAGAGGAGCCAGGGACAGAGGCCAUGAGAAAUUGUGAACCUCAGCCCUGACCCAGAAAGGAGGCCCGAGUCGGGGUGAUGCUGAAGAUGAUGACCUUCUUCCAAGGCCUACCCGGCCAGCAGACUGUCCCAGGGGUUCCCGACCUCCCCAGAAGCUCCCAGAAGUUGCCCCCCACCUCAGAGGUGGAAUCAGAGGCCUCCAUGUCAGAGGCCUCUUCUGAGGACCUGGUGCCACCCCAGGAGGCCAAGGGAGCCCCGGACAGGGAUGAGGAAGAGGCUACCAAGAAGAAGAAGAAGAAGAGGCCAAAAGGACUGGCCAACGUGUUCAGCGUCUUCACCAAAGGAAGGAAGAAGAAGGGUCAGCCCAGCUCAGCAGAGCCAGAGGGCCAGCCCGAGUCCCAGCCUGAGCUGAGUGGCCCGCUGCCCACAGCGGAGGAGCUCAAGGCGGACCUGGAGCGCGGGCGGCUGGAGGCGGCGCGGCCGCUGCUGGUGCUGGAGCGCGAGCUGCAGGCGGCGGCGGCGGCGGGCGGCGAGAGCGCGGAGGAGCUGGUGCGGCGCCAGAGCAAGGUGGAGGCGCUGUACGCGCUGCUGCGCCACCAGGUGCUCGGCCUGCUGCUGCGGCCGCUGGACGUGGCGCCCGAGCGGCUGCGCCAGGCGCUGGCGGUGCUGACGGAGCAGGAGCGCGAGGACCGCCGGGCGGCGACGGCGGCGGCCGGGGGCUCCGGGGCGCUGGUGUCCGCGCGGCCCCGGCGCUGGCUGCAGCUGUGGCGGCGCGGCGUGGAGGAGGCGGCCGAGGAGCGCCUGGGCCGCCGGCCCGCCGCGGGCGCCGAGGGCCUCUCGGAGGCCGAGCGCACCUUUCUGCACAUGGGCCGCACCAUGAAGGAGGACCUGGAGGCCGUGGUGGAGCGACUGAAGCCGCUGUUCCCCGCCGAGCUGGACGUGGUGGCCGCCUACGCGGAGAGCUACCACCGGCACUUCGCGGCCCAGCUGGCGGCCAUGGCGCAGUUCGAGCUGUGCGAGCGCGACACCUACAUGCUGCUGGUCUGGGUGCAGAACCUCUACCCCAAUGACAUCAUCAACAGUCCGAAGCUGGCCGGGGAGCUGCAGAGACUCAACCUUGGGAGCCUCCUGCCCCCCAGGCAGAUCCGGCUGCUGGAGGCCACGUUCCUGUCCAAUGAGAUGACCAGUGUGAAGGAGUUGAUGGCCCGUGCCCUGGAGCUAGAGUGUCAGCGCUGGGCCCGGGAUGUGGCUCCCCAGAGGCUGGACAGCCACUGCCACAGCGAGCUGGCCAUUGACAUCAUCCAGAUCGUCUCCCAGGGCCAGGCCAAGGCCGAGAGCAUCACCCUUGACCUGGGCACGCAGAUAAAGCAGAUGCUGCUCCUGGAGCUGGCUACAUUCCUGAGGAGCUACCAGCGAGCCUUUGAUGAAUUUCUGGAGAGAGGCAAGCAGCUGAGAAAUUACAGGGCCAAUGUCAUUGCCAAUAUCAACAACUGCCUGUCCUUCCGGACAGCCAUGCAGCAGAAAUGGCAGACACAAGACCUCCCCGGCCACCUGCUGGGCCCCCUGAGUGAGCUCAAGAGUCACGGCUUUGACACCCUGCUCCAGAGCCUGUUCGGGGACCUGAAGCCGCUGUUUAAGAGGUUUACACAGACCCGCUGGGCCGCCCCCGCGCAGACCCUGGAGAAAAUCAUCUCCACCGUGGGCGAGAGGCUGCCUGAGUUUUCGGAACUGCAUGACUGUUUCCGGGAGGAGCUCAUGGAGGUUGUACACCUGCACCUGGUGAAGGAGUACAUCGUCCGCCUCAGCAAGCGGAGCCUGGUCCUCAAGUCCGCGGAGCAGCAGCAGCAACUGGCGGGUCACAUCCUGGCCAAUGCCGAGCUCAUCCAGCGUUUCUGCACUCAGAAUGGCUCCCCAGCGACCUGGCUGCAUCACGCCCUCCCCAAGCUUGCCGAGAUCAUUCGCCUGCAAGACCCCAGUGCCAUCAAGAUCGAGGUGGCCACUUAUGCGACCUGGUACCCUGACUUCAGCAAAGGCCACUUGAGUGCCAUCUUGGCCAUCAAGGGAAACCUAUCGAGCAGUGAGGUCAAGAGCAUCCGAAGCAUCCUGGACGUCAGCACGGGGACACAUGAGCCCUUCAAGUCCCUAUUUUCGCUUAUAAAAGUUGGUUAGCUUUUCCUGCCACCUGACCUGCUUGUGAGCACACAGUGAGCAUCGGGCACCACCCCCCUUGGUGGGCAGCCACCCACUUGGGGGCUGUUCAGACCAGCCCCCGCUUCUUGGCUCCUCGACAGGCUUCCGGCCUACUGCUGCUGUUUCUGCCCAGCCUUGGCUAAGGCACAAACCCCUGGGCAGCUAGAAUUGGAUAAGUCCCGAUUUGUUUACUGGUCCAGCUCGGGGCGGGACACCCAGUGUGGGGAGCUGCAUGGAGCUGGGCUCAGCACGUCUAUGGACUCGAAGGCAGAAUUGGAAAGGCAAGGAGGCAAAAAUGAACUCUUAUCUGGGGUCUCGGCCUCCUGGGUCCUCCAUGCACUGACAGGGGUGCCUCCAUGGGUCCUCCUGGAAGUCAGCCUGAGGUCUGGACAGGGCAAGCCUGACCUCUGACCCCUUGGCCUCUGUAUCAGUGUCCCUGUUGCUGCUGGAACACAUUUCCACAAACGUGGCAGUUUCAGUUGGAACUUAUCCUUCAGUUCCGGAGGUUAGAAGUCUGACACAGGUCUCAUGGGCUACAACCAAGAUCCCAGCAGGGCGGGCUCCUUCUGGAGGCUCUGGAGGGGAUUUCGUUGCUUUUCCCAGUUUUUAGAGGCUGCCUGAAUAUCGUGGCCCGUGGCUGCCUUCCAUCUUGAAAGCCAUCAGUGGCCAGUCAAACCUUUUUCACAUCACAGACCUCAGACUUUCUCUCCUGCCUCCGCUCCCGUUUUCCAGCUUUAAGGACCCUUUUGAUUACCUUUGGCCCACCUAGAUAAUCUGGGAUCAUCCCCAUUUUAAGGUUAGCUGAUUAGCAGCCAUAAUUCCUUAAUUAUGUCAGGUCCCUUGGCCGUGGACCCUGACAUAAUCACAGCUCCAGGAGUCAGGACGUGGGCAUCUCUGGGGGUGGGGGGGGCACUAUUUUGCCCACUGCAGCCUUCAUGCAUCCCUUCCCUGUAGGGCACCUUAUCCUACCCCUCUGUCACCCCCCCCACCCCGGCCUCUGCCCACCCACGAGGCCCUCCAGUUCAGCCAGUGCAGUUCAGACUUAGGCACGCCUCAGCCGCGUGCCUCUGACAGUACUGAGCUGGGGUUUGUCCCCUCUUUCCAGGUACUGUGGCCAGGAGCUGGCCUGUGUAAAUGGUGCACAAAGGCCUUUGUACAUUUGUAGGAGUUAGUGUGUAAUAACGUCAUUAAUAUUAUUUUUGAUAGUACUGCUUUUGUAUGUAUGUACUCAGGACAUGGUCCGGAUUUUUAUAGCUUAAUAUAAAAAACUGAUUUCAGAAGUG